GCGCGCGGCCGUAGACAGGCGCCGCGCGGGAGUGUGUGAGGGGUGCGGGCUUGUGGGACUGAGGCUGCCGACGGCGGUCAAGGGAGCGGGCUGGCGGCGGCCGUAGUUGUCGGAACCUGGGCUUCAGCUUCCCCGAGCCCCAGAGGGCGGGACAGUCCCGGCCCGGCGGUGGCGGCGCCACUUCCCCGCUCCCGCCCUCGGAGUCCUGAGGGAGCUCGCGGCGGAGGAGCGGACCGGGCGGCGCGAAUCUGACUGAGGGGCGGGGACGCCGUCUGUUCCUCGCCGUUCUCGGCCGGGCCGGGCCGGCCUCUCCGACACCCCCAGGCCCCGGGGCGCUGAGACCCGAAACCGGAGCUCGAGGCGGGCGGUGGGCCCGGGCGGAGCCCCGGCCGGAGCCGGCGGUUCGAGGGCGGCGCUAGGCCCCGAGGCGGCCGGGCCGGAGCGCGAGGAGCGGGGUGCGGGCCCGGCGGCGGCGGCGGCGGCGGCAUGAGCCGGCCCCCGCCGACGGGGAAGAUGCCCGGCGCCCCCGAGGCCGUGUCGGGGGACGGCGCGGGCGUGAGCCGCCAGAGGAAGCUGGAGGCGCUCAUCCGAGACCCUCGGUCGCCCAUCAACGUGGAGAGCUUGCUGGAUGGCUUAAAUUCCUUGGUCCUUGAUUUGGAUUUCCCUGCUUUGAGGAAAAACAAAAAUAUAGAUAAUUUCUUAAAUAGAUAUGAGAAAAUUGUGAAAAAGAUCAGAGGUCUACAGAUGAAGGCAGAAGACUAUGAUGUUGUAAAAGUUAUUGGAAGAGGUGCUUUUGGUGAAGUCCAGCUGGUUCGUCAUAAGGCAUCACAGAAAGUUUAUGCUAUGAAGCUUCUUAGUAAGUUUGAAAUGAUAAAAAGGUCAGAUUCUGCUUUUUUCUGGGAGGAACGAGAUAUUAUGGCCUUUGCCAACAGUCCCUGGGUGGUUCAGCUCUUUUGUGCCUUUCAAGAUGAUAAGUAUCUGUACAUGGUAAUGGAGUACAUGCCUGGUGGAGACCUUGUAAACCUUAUGAGUAACUAUGAUGUACCUGAAAAAUGGGCCAAAUUUUAUACUGCUGAAGUUGUUCUUGCUUUGGAUGCCAUACACUCCAUGGGUUUAAUUCACAGAGAUGUGAAGCCUGACAACAUGCUCUUGGAUAAACAUGGACAUCUAAAAUUAGCAGAUUUUGGCACAUGUAUGAAGAUGGAUGAAACAGGCAUGGUGCAUUGUGAUACAGCAGUUGGAACACCUGAUUAUAUAUCACCUGAGGUCCUGAAAUCACAAGGGGGUGAUGGUUACUAUGGGCGAGAAUGUGAUUGGUGGUCUGUGGGUGUUUUCCUUUUUGAGAUGCUGGUGGGGGAUACUCCAUUUUAUGCAGAUUCACUGGUAGGAACAUAUAGCAAAAUUAUGGAUCAUAAAAACUCACUAUGUUUCCCUGAAGAUGCAGAAAUUUCUAAACAUGCGAAGAAUCUCAUCUGUGCCUUCUUAACAGAUAGGGAGGUACGACUUGGAAGAAAUGGGGUAGAAGAAAUCAAACAACAUCCUUUCUUUAAGAAUGAUCAAUGGAAUUGGGAUAACAUAAGAGAGACGGCAGCUCCUGUGGUACCUGAACUCAGCAGUGACAUAGAUAGCAGCAAUUUUGAUGACAUUGAAGAUGAUAAAGGAGAUGUAGAAACCUUCCCAAUUCCUAAAGCUUUUGUGGGAAAUCAGCUGCCUUUUAUAGGAUUUACCUACUAUAGAGAAAAUUUGUUAUUAAGUGACUCUCCAUCUUGUAAAGAAAAUGAUUCGAUACAAUCAAGGAAAAACGAAGAGAGUCAAGAGAUUCAGAAAAAACUAUACACAUUAGAAGAACACCUUAGCAGUGAGAUACAAGCCAAAGAGGAACUAGAGCAGAAGUGCAAAUCUGUUAAUACUCGCCUAGAGAAAGUAGCAAAGGAGCUAGAAGAAGAGAUUACCUUAAGGAAAAAUGUGGAAUCAGCAUUAAGACAAUUAGAAAGAGAAAAGGCGCUUCUUCAGCACAAAAAUGCAGAAUAUCAGCGGAAAGCUGAUCAAGAAGCAGACAAGAAGCGAAAUUUGGAGAAUGAUGUUAACAGUUUAAAAGAUCAACUUGAAGAUUUGAAAAAAAGAAAUCAGAACUCUCAAAUAUCCACUGAGAAAGUGAAUCAACUCCAGAGACAACUGGAUGAAACCAAUGCUUUGCUGCGAACAGAAUCUGAUACUGCAGCCCGGUUAAGGAAAACCCAGGCAGAAAGUUCAAAACAGAUUCAACAGCUGGAAUCUAACAAUAGAGAUCUGCAAGAUAAAAAUUGCCUGCUGGAGACUGCCAAGUUAAAACUUGAAAAGGAAUUUAUCAAUCUUCAGUCAGUUCUAGAAUCUGAAAGGAGGGACCGAACCCAUGGAUCAGAGAUUAUUAAUGAUUUACAAGGUAGAAUAUCUGGCCUAGAAGAAGAUUUAAAGAAUGGCAAAAUCUUAUUAGCAAAAGUAGAGAUUGAGAAGAGACAACUACAGGAGAGAUUUACUGAUUUGGAAAAGGAGAAGAACAACAUGGAAAUAGAUAUGACAUACCAACUAAAAGUUAUACAGCAGAGCCUAGAACAAGAAGAGGCUGAACAUAAGGCUACAAAAGCACGGCUGGCAGAUAAAAAUAAGAUUUAUGAAUCCAUUGAAGAAGCUAAAUCAGAAGCCAUGAAAGAAAUGGAGAAAAAGCUCUUGGAGGAAAGAACUUUAAAACAGAAAGUAGAGAACUUGUUGCUGGAGGCUGAGAAAAGAUGCUCUAUAUUGGACUGUGACCUCAAACAGUCACAGCAGAAAAUAAACGAACUCCUCAAACAGAAAGAUGUGCUAAAUGAGGAUGUUAGAAACUUGACAUUAAAAAUAGAGCAGGAAACUCAGAAGCGCUGCCUUACACAAAAUGACUUGAAGAUGCAAACACAGCAAGUUAACACACUAAAAAUGUCAGAAAAGCAGUUGAAACAAGAGAAUAAUCAUCUCCUAGAAAUGAAAAUGAGCUUGGAAAAACAGAAUGCUGAACUUCGAAAAGAACGUCAAGAUGCAGAUGGGCAAAUGAAAGAGCUCCAAGAUCAGCUUGAGGCAGAGCAGUAUUUCUCAACCCUCUAUAAAACACAGGUUAGGGAACUUAAAGAAGAAUGUGAAGAAAAGACCAAACUUUGUAAAGAAUUACAGCAGAAGAAACAGGAAUUACAGGAUGAAAGGGACUCCUUGGCUGCUCAACUGGAGAUUACCUUAACCAAAGCAGAUUCUGAGCAACUGGCUCGCUCAAUUGCUGAAGAACAAUAUUCUGAUUUGGAAAAAGAGAAAAUCAUGAAAGAGCUGGAGAUCAAAGAGAUGAUGGCUAGACACAAACAGGAACUCACUGAAAAAGAUGCUACAAUUGCGUCUCUCGAAGAAACUAAUAGGACACUGACUAGUGAUGUUGCCAAUCUUGCAAAUGAGAAAGAAGAAUUAAAUAAUAAAUGGAAAGAUGCCCAAGAGCAACUUUCACGGUUGAAGGAUGAAGAGAUAAGUGCUGCAGCUAUUAAAGCACAGUUUGAGAAGCAACUGUUAACAGAGAGAACACUCAAAACUCAAGCUGUGAAUAAGUUGGCCGAGAUCAUGAAUCGGAAAGAACCUGUCAAGCGUGGUAGUGACACAGAUGUGCGGAGAAAAGAAAAGGAGAAUAGAAAGCUACAUAUGGAGCUUAAAUCUGAACGUGAAAAACUGACUCAGCAGAUGAUCAAGUAUCAGAAAGAACUGAAUGAAAUGCAGGCUCAAAUAGCUGAAGAGAGUCAGAUUCGAAUUGAACUACAGAUGACACUGGACAGUAAAGACAGUGACAUUGAGCAGUUGCGGUCCCAGCUCCAGGCCUUGCAUAUUGGUCUGGAUAGUUCCAGUAUAGGCAGUGGACCAGGGGAUGCUGAAGCAGAUGAUGGGUUUCCAGAAUCAAGACUAGAAGGAUGGCUUUCAUUGCCUGUGCGAAACAACACUAAGAAGUUUGGAUGGGUUAAAAAGUAUGUGAUUGUAAGUAGUAAGAAGAUCCUUUUCUAUGACAGUGAACAGGAUAAAGAACAAUCUAAUCCUUACAUGGUUUUAGAUAUAGAUAAGUUAUUUCAUGUCCGACCAGUUACACAGACAGAUGUAUAUAGAGCAGAUGCUAAAGAAAUUCCAAGGAUAUUCCAGAUCCUGUAUGCCAAUGAAGGGGAAAGUAAGAAGGAACAAGAAUUUCCAGUGGAGCCGGUGGGAGAAAAAUCAAAUUAUAUUUGCCACAAGGGACAUGAAUUUAUUCCUACUCUGUAUCAUUUCCCAACCAAUUGUGAGGCAUGUAUGAAGCCAUUGUGGCAUAUGUUUAAACCUCCUCCUGCUUUAGAGUGCCGUCGCUGUCACAUUAAGUGUCAUAAAGAUCACAUGGAUAAAAAGGAGGAAAUUAUAGCACCUUGCAAAGUGUAUUAUGAUAUUUCAUCGGCAAAGAAUCUAUUGUUAUUAGCAAAUUCUACAGAAGAGCAGCAGAAGUGGGUUAGUCGGUUAGUGAAAAAGAUACCUAAAAAGCCUCCAGCUCCAGACCCUUUUGCACGGUCAUCUCCUAGAACUUCAAUGAAAAUACAACAAAACCAGUCUAUUAGGCGGCCAAGUCGACAGCUUGCCCCAAACAAACCAAGAUUGCUUGAUUUGGCAUUUAAAGACUGGGAUUGGUCAUUUGAUGAUGUUGAUGGUGGUGAUGAUGAUGACGAUGUUUUUGAUUUCUGAAGAAGUAAAUGGCUAACUGCCUUCUAUGAAUGCAGUCAUUAUUCAAGGUGAUCAUAUUCUUACAGUUGAAACAAGACUGAAAUAUGAUGGCCCAAAAUUUAUUAAAAAGCUAUAUUUUCCUGAGAGACCGAUACACACAUAUAUGUUCCCUUUAUUCCUGCAAUAUAAAUUCUAAAUGUUGGAUAGAUUUUUCUGGGCUCCUUUGGAGCAACAAGUUGAACCAACAGUGAUUGGUUAAUAGAGUAAGAAUAUCAUGUGCAACUCUUCCAAACUUGUUCCAUAAAGCUCUCUUAGCAUCACUCACACUACAUUGAAUAAAAGGAUUGAGAAGAGUUAAAGAAACCAUCUUUUCAGCUUCAGCAGAGAGAUUUCACCAGCACAUUUGCCAGAAGAAUCUGGGAAUGGAUUCCACUACAGUGAUAUAGACUGCAUCUUUAAGAAGUGACCAUUAUACUGUGUGUGUGUGUGUGUGUAUGUAUGUAUGUAUAUAUACACAUGCGCGCGUGCACACACACACACACAUCUAUAUAGUACUGUAAUACUGCAAGAGGGUUUUUUUAACUUCCCACUUUAUUUUUUUAUAAACAUUAAUCAGAUAUCAUUACUUACUGCAGUUGCAACUAUGCAUUUGUAUAAAGCCAUAAUGUUGGAGUUUAUAUCACUCAUUUGUGUGUACCUGAUGGAAACUGCAUGUUCAUGUUUAAGCAAUUACUGUAACAAGUUUGAAGUUAAUUAUAUCAGUUUCCUAAUGCUUCAUAAUAGGCAACUUUACCCAUUUUGAAUGCCUUAAUUUAAUUUUUUUCAAAAUCUCCACCCUUUUCUGUAUUUAAAAAAAAAAAAACAAAAACAAGUGUUUACCAGCGCUUAGGAUGCAAAUUUGCUUUGCAGAAGAAAAAUAGUGCACUAUUUUUACACAUAAUAGUUAUCAAUGUCAGCCUAUUUUGAUUGUAUAAGAGAAUUUUUUUUAAGUAUUGGUGAUAGAAACAGUAAUGGAUAGUAUUGGAACUAAUAUAUCUUUUAUGUAUAUCUAUUAUUCAUCCAACCCUUUUUACAGACCUCAGUAUUAGUGUGUGACUAUGAAAUGUUUUCUUUUAAUUUCUUGGCUACCCUAGGUAUGUUUUUAUUUCUGAUAAAGAUAUUUGUGACUAUUUUUACAUUUUCACACUCAAGUUUCAAAAAUUAUCUCAAAUACAAAGAAAACUAAGACAUACUGUAGAUAUAUUUUAAAUAUUUAAAUGUGAUUCCUUAAACACACAACUGUGUAUGGCAAUAUUUCAGUAUUGGGUUAAGAAAACUGGUGACUAGGAAGAAGUUGCCUCAAAGGCACUUAACUUGAUUUUUAUUUUUUUAAAUGCUGUUAAAGUUAACAGUUUAUGCAGGACUAUUCCUGCUUUAUUUCUCAUUAUCCCAGAAAAGUGUAUGUUUUAUACUGCUACAGUGUACAUCAGUAAGAAUCAAGUUAAAAAAAAUUACGUAGUCUUUUAUCAGUCUUUCUUUAUAUACAUACACAUACACAGAGUUUGGUGUGAUAUUGAAAUACAUCAUCUAAUAUUUCUAUGAAGGAAGUAGACAUUUUUCAUUGAUUCCUUCUGGGGUCAGUGUAGGGUGUUUAAAGAGUUAGAUCCCCAGUUAUAGAUACUAUUGUGGAAAUUGAAGAGUGGCCUUUGGCUACUGAUGUAUUGAAACUGAAUCUUGUUAUUCCAUUAUCCAGGCUGCACUCUUUCAUGCUGUCUGUGCUAAAACUAGAGAUGCAUGCCAGUUCCCUUGCAGGUAUGUUCUGGUUUGGGGGCACAGCUCUUUCUUUUUUUUUUUUUUUUUAAGUAAGAUUAAAAAAUGAAAAAUAUAUAAAAUUUAUAUAGAAUAAAUAUUUCCAUUCAUUAGACUUGUUAAAAGGAGACUGAAUUAAUAUUUUAUAUAAAGAUUUUGUUACACUAUGGGAGGCUCUAUCAUAUUAUUCUGAAUUGGAGAGUAUAUAUAUAUAUAUAUAUUUUUAAUAAACUUUAUUAAGGUGAAAUAAUUUGAAGUUUACACAUGAGUAAUUGAAAUAUUUGAGUAAAAAUGGCAAAAGUUUAAAUUUUGAAUGCUGUAUAUAUUAAAGAAUAUGGAGAAUCAUGGUGUGAUGCAACUAUAUGAGGAAAAUUAAUGUGAAGUUUUUUUGGGGGGAAAAAGAUAUCCUAAGGAGCGAAAAAAAUCUCUCCAUGAAGAUUCUUCACAUUAUAUGGUUUGACAUAAGGAUUUAUAAGGUUGUUUGUUCAACUAAUGGAAAUGUGCUUAAUAAAAAAUUCUGACCUUGGGUAAGAAUUUGCUUUAUACCCUGUUGCUGGUUUCAUGUACAUACAUGAGUGCAUACACCCAUCCAAAUGCUCUCUUCCCAACACUCAUUAAAUAUAUGACAUUGACUUGGUUUAACAGCCUGAUUUCGUGCCAGCUUCUCUUUUUCUUGAGGCUCCAAAACUUCCAAGAUAAAUUUAAGACCAAAAGUUGCUUAUUUUGUCACACCUUGAUUUCUCCUAGAGCCAUAAAUACCUCCUUUUGAGAACUAAGAAGUAGUGAAUACUGGGAUUUUCUUAGUUGGAUUUUUUUACUUUUGUGGGAAUAGUGAGACAAAGUAGAAGGAACACUGAUGCCAGGAUUACUGUCGAGGAUUACUGUAUAGCACAUUUUUGAAAAGUAUUAAUUAAACAAAUGCUAUCUAGAAGCAACAUUUAAAAAAAUCUGUCUGAAAGUUUAAAAUGCUCUGGAGCUAACUAAAGGAUAAGUAUACCAAUAAAUCUAAAAUAAAGGUUAGUGUUUUUUAAACUAUGCUAGAGUUAACACCAUUCUGGCUCUGAAGGAGCUCCUUUAUCCCAGUUUAUGUGCAGAUCCUCAAGAAGAAAUACUCUAGGUUGCCAAGCCACAAUCUAAGAAGUUAUGCUGCUGCUGUUAAUCUAUUCUUACAGGAUUUGGGUGGUAAAAUAGAGAAACUUGGACACUAUAUUACCUUAUUGAAACAUACUUUAAAUAACAUGUUUUAAAAGUCCGAUGAUAGCAAGUCACUUCUGAGUUUCUUGGUCUCUGUUGACACUGCUACUGACUCACCGCUCCUCCCCUGGGAUAAGAUGUCAGUUUCCCUAUAUUGUGAAGAUACCAUAGCUGGUUUGUAAAGCACUUUGAAGAUAAGCACUGUGUGACAGUGCUGAAUAUUAUGCUUGGGGGGCCUCUCCUUGAUUCCCUUCCCCAUAAUAGUUUUGUUUGGAAUUGUAAUAAGUUAUGAACUGCAUGGUUUAGAUAAUCAUAAAUAUUGGAUCAGCUGUCCCCUUGAACAAAAAUGAUACCCCUGAUAUUUUUUAAUUUUGUUGCAUCUUUGUAGUAAUGUAAUUGUAUUUUAUGCCUGCUUUUUAUAUUAAAAAAUUAAAUAAAAGAAAUUAAGACAUAA